CUUAGGAAGUUAAUAUAUAGAAAGAUUGUUGAGUAGUGCUAAAUUUCAGUCAACAGGGUUGUUUCUUCAUUCCUUUGAACCUCAGAAUCAAAAUCAUGUCUGAAAUAGUUAAAGAAGCUUGGAAAAAAUAUCUAACUGCACUACAAAUCCAUCCUCUAAGAACCAAGGCAAUCACUGCUGGAGUUUUAGUAGGGUGCAGUGAUGUAAUUGCCCAGAAGAUUUCUGGGAUCAAAAGGCUUCAAUUCAGAAGAUUACUUCUUCUAAUGCUCUAUGGAUUUGCAUAUUCAGGACCCUUUGGCCAUUUCCUUCAUAAAUUGAUGGAUGUUAUAUUUCAAGGAAAGAAGGGUAAUAAAACAAUUGCUAAAAAGGUUUUGUUGGAGCAGUUGACAGCAUCUCCUUGGAACAACUUCUUUUUUAUGAUGUACUAUGGCUUGGUUGUUGAAGGAAGGCCAUGGGGUCUUGUCAAAAACAAGGUUCGAAAGGACUAUCCUUCUAUUCAACUGACUGCAUGGAAGUUUUGGCCAAUUGUUAGCUGGAUCAACUACCAAUACAUGCCCCUGCAAUUCCGCGUUCUAUUCCACAGCUUUGUUGCUUCAUGCUGGGCAAUUUUCCUGAACUUGAAGGCAAGAUCAAUAACAGCUAAGAAGGCCUAGAAGCUGAUGAAGGGUUCAUUUGCAUUUCCUCUCCUUUGUCAAUGGUAGAGGAUUAUGUUAUAAUUUCCGAUGUUUCUUGUGGAAGUUGUUUGCUUGGAAACAUGGUAUAAUAUGUACUGCAGCUUGAGUUUAUUAUGAACUUAAUCGAGCUUCGAGUAUAUCAAAAUUAAAGAAUACAAGUUGUAUCAAUGUUUUUUUUUUUUCUUGCACGAC